CGAUCGUCCAUCUCCCAGUUCCGAUCCACACCAGCCGGCCGUUCGCCCGUGCAGCACCCUUCCAGCCCGAACCGUCGCCCACCAAGCAUCGAAACCACCAUGAGCUCCUAUCGAAUUGUUCCCGCGGUCCAGCCGCCCUCAAAAGUGAGCGUGACCGAUGGUACCAACGAGUUCGGAACCCACGACACCAUGCGGCACGGUCUCGCUUCGAUUCGGUCCCAAGUCAUGCCAAGCCAUCCUCUGGAGAGCCACCUGAAGAAUUGGGACGAGACCCAACAGCAGCUCAGAAACACGAUGCAGAGACAAGUCUUUGGGCGCCACCUGCCUGUCCGUAUGCAGCUGGAUAAGCAGUAUCUCUCCCAACUCCGUCGUAUGCCUGGGCUGCCGUCGUCGAACCUUGGACUUUCCAUCCUCGAAGGUACCGACGGAAACAUUGAUUUCGAGGACUUCCUCACAGAGGCUGUCGAAUCGACCGAUGUGGACGGCCACGGCGCAAUCGAGCGGGUGCUUGGAAUCAAGCUGUGAAGGCGCUCUGUCGUGUGGUUGCCUCGAGUGCAAUAGGCGUGUCCAUUCUCCGAUGCAAACCCAACGAUCCGUCGAGGGAUGUGGAUUGAUAAAGAUGAUCAAGCUCAUCCGCGCAUUUCCGAUCCGCUCGCACAGAUCAUCGCUGGACGCGAGAAGGGAUGAAUAGGAUCGAGGGGAUAGCGGGAAGACUCCCUCCAUGUUGACGGCGCUUACAAAAUGAACCGGGCACCCAGCUAUCAGCCUCGUGUUUGGGUGGACAGAGCAGCCA